UCUGUUAUUAACAUACAUACAACAGAUAUAUCUUGGCAUAGCCAUAGGUUUCCUUUUUCCACCAAUGCUCGUGCGCGACUCCGAGGAUUUAAAUGUUAUUGGCCAAGGCUUAAAACUGAUGUUUUAUAUCGUGGCGGUCUUUACAUUGGUUAUUUUCGUCCUCACUUUAUUGUUUUUUAAAAAUCAACCUUCCUUGCCACCAAGUCCAGCUCAGGCUGUUCGGGAAGAGUCGGAAAGGCCGGAAGACUUUUUGCUAUCGGUAAAAAGACUCGUGACAAACACAGGCUAUUUAUUACUUUUGCUGAGUUACGCCAUCAACGUAGGGAUAUUUUAUGCUAUUGGAACUCUCCUUAAUCCGAUCGUUUUGGUGCAUUUUCCAGGUCACCACGAUGAUGCCGGUAGAAUAGGACUGACCAUUGUGUGCGCUGGGAUGUUGGGUUCAGUCGUUUGCGGCGUCGUUUUAGACAAAACCCACAAGUUUAAAGAAACAACCCUUGCCAUCUAUAUUUUCUCCUUUCUGGGCAUGAUCAUUUUCACGUUUACUAUUGGUUUGGACGAAAUCAUCAUUGUCUAUGUGACAGCAGGAUUAUUAGGAUUUUUCAUGACUGGUUACUUGCCUGUUGGUUUCGAAUUUGCGGCUGAACUAACGUAUCCCGAGCCGGAAAGUACAUCAGCUGGUUUGCUGAAUGCAGUGGUGCAAAUUUUCGGAAUCUUAUUAAUCCUGCUCUACAGACAUCUUUUUCAGAUUUGGGGAGACUAUUGGGCAAACACUGUACUUUGCGCGACCCUUUUUGUUGGAUCCUUCAUUACUUAUAUUAUACCAAACGAUUUACGACGGCAAAACGCCAAAGUUUAAAAAAAAAGUCGUAAUCGAG